AUGGUUAACGAGGACGGUUUCGAUGGAGAAAUAAUCACUGAGCAGGCUGCAGUGUCAACAAGUCUCUCCCAAGUGGUAGAUUCUCAGGAAGCUACAGAAAGGGAUGACAACCAACAAGAUUUGGAGAAAAGAAAGGAGAAAGAAGACAGCAGCAAUAAACUGCCAUAUUACAAGCUCUACUCUUUUGCCAACUUCUCGGAUUUUUUGCUAAUUUUUGUGGGCAUAAUUGGUGCCAUAGGGAAUGGGAUGAGCAUGCCGCUCAUGACCCUACUCUUUGGAAAUUUAGUAAAUGCAUAUGGAGAAAAUGAAGACACCAAAAAAGUGGUUAAUGAGGUUUCAAAGGUGUCUCUGGAUUUUGUAUUCUUAGCUAUUGCAGCUGGUGCUCUAGGUUUUCUGCAGAUGACUUGUUGGAUUGUCACCGGAGAACGCCAAGCAGCACGAAUAAGAAGGUUAUACUUAAAAACCAUGUUGAGACAAGAUGUUGGCUUCUUUGACACGGAAAGUCAUGGAGAGAUUGUUGAAAGAAUGUCAGGUGAAGUUUUACUUAUUCAAGAUGCCAUGGGUGAGAAGGUUGGAAAGCUCAUAGAGCUAGUUUCAACAUACAUUUCAGGCUUUGUUAUUGCAUUUAUCAAAGAAUGGCUUCUCACCUUUGUCCUGUUAUCUUCUCUUCUGCCUCUCUUCAUCAGUGGGGCUGUCAUGAAUACUGUAAUGGCAAAAAUGGCAUCCAGAGGACAAGCUGCUUAUUCAGUUGCUGCAUCGGUAUCUCAGCAGACGAUUGGAGCAAUUAGAACUGUUGCAUCAUUUACUGGGGAGAGGCAAGCUGUAGCUAGAUACAAUCAGUCUUUAACCGAGGCAUAUGAAUCUAGUGUGCAAGAAGGUCUGGCCUUUGGGUUGGGUUAUGGUUCUAUUAGCUUUGUUUCAUACACCACUUAUGCCUUUGCUGUAUGGUUUGGUGGGAAAAUGAUACUCGAAAAGGGAUAUUCUGGAGGAGAUGUCAUUACUGCACUCUUUGCUAUAAUGGCUGGAGCCUAUUCUACAGGCCAGGCAUAUCGAUGCUUUAGUGCAUUUGGUCCUGGACAAGCUGCAGCAUAUAGAUUGUUUGAGGCAAUCAAAAGGAACCCACAGAUAGAUGCUUAUGACACCAAUGGGGUAAAAUUAGAUGAUAUUCGUGGAGACAUAGAAUUAAAAGAUGUUUGUUUUAGUUAUCCUGCAAGACCAGAUGAGCAAGUGUUGAGUAAAUUUUCCCUCACAAUUCCAGCUGGCACAACUGCAGCUUUGGUUGGACAGAGUGGAAUUGGGAAAUCAACUGUUAUCAGUUUAAUUGAGAGAUUUUAUGAUCCUCAGGUUGGUGAAGUUCUUAUUGAUGGUAUUAAUCUCAAAGAGUUCCAGCUUAAAUGGAUCAGGGAGAAGAUAGGCCUUGUCAGUCAGGAACCAGUGUUGUUUUCUUCCACCAUUAAAGAUAAUAUAGCCUAUGGAAAGGAUUCUGCUACUAUUCAGGAAAUAAGGGCUGCUGCUGAACUAGCAAAUGCCACCACAUUCAUAGAUAACCUCCCUCAGGGACUGGACACUCUCGUUGGGGAGCAUGGAACUCAACUAUCAGGGGGGCAAAAGCAGAGAAUAGCCAUUGCUAGAGCAAUUCUUAAAAACCCCAGAAUUCUACUUCUAGACGAAGCCACAAGCGCUCUUGAUGUAGAAUCUGAGAGAGUUGUGCAAGAGGCACUUGAAAGAGUUAUGAUCAACCGAACUACGGUCAUUGUAGCCCAUCGCUUGAGUACAAUAAGGAAUGCUGAUAUAAUUGUUGUUAUUCAUCAAGGAAAAAUUGUUGACAAAGGUACACACUCUUUGCUAACAAAUGAUCCUAAUGGAGCAUAUAGCCAGCUUGUUCAGUUGCAAGAAACAAGCGAGGCGUCAAAGGAAAACGAUUCAAAGGAUCGGGAUGGGCCUGAAAUAUUAAUGAAUACAGGAAGACAUUCAAGCCAAGGGAUGUCUUUAACCCGAUCAAUAAGCCAGGGAUCAUCUGGAAUUGGAAAUAGUAGUCAUCACUCAUUCUCAAUUUCAUUUCGUAUACCAACUGGAAUUGAUGUCCUGGAAUUAGCACCUGUGGACGUGGAACCAAUUACUUCAACUUCAGAGUUAUCCAAAUCACCUCCAGAAGUCUCACUUUUACGCCUGGCAUACCUAAGCAAGCCAGAGAUCCCAGUGUUAGUGCUAGGCACAAUUGCUGCAGUAGUCAUUGGUCUGCAGUUACCAUUUUUUGGCAUCCUUCUUUCCGGUGUAAUAAAAUCUUUCUUUGAGCCAGAGGAUGAGCUCCGCAAGCAUACAAAAUUUUGGGCACUAUUGUUCUUCUUUUUAGCCAUAUCAUGUUUAAUUGUUUUUCCAUUACAGUCAUAUUUUUUUGCUGUGGCCGGCUCUAAGUUGAUAAGACGGAUCAGAUCAAUGAAUUUUGAGAAGGUGGUUAACAUGGAGAUAAGCUGGUUUGAUGAACCUGACCACUCAAGUGGUGCAAUUGGUGCAAGGCUUUCUGCAGAUGCAGCUUCUUUUCGAAGGGUUGUUGGAGAUGCACUUGGUUUGCUAGUUCAGAAUAUUGCAACUAUAAUUGCUGGUUUGGUGAUUGCUUUUGAAGCAAACUGGGAAAUGGCUCUUAUUGUUUCUGCGUUGCUGCCCCUGAUAGCAGUUAACGGAUAUAUUCAGAUGAAAUAUACUAAAGGUUUCAGUGCUGACGCUAAGAAAAUAUACGAGGAAGCCAGUCAAGUGGCAAAUGAUGCGGUAGGAAGUAUUAGAACAGUUGCUUCCUUCUGUGCGGAAGAAAAGGUGUUGGAAGUAUAUCAGAAGAAAUGUGAAGGCCCUGUCAAGGCAUCGAUAAAGCAAGGUUUGGCAGCUGGUGUAGCUUUUGGACUAUCAUUCUGCUUGCUGUUUUUAUUCUAUGCGGGCAGUUUUUAUUUUGGAGUCCGACUAUUUGAGGCCAGAAGAGCAACUUUUCCUGACAUUUUUCGUGUUUUCUAUGCUCUCUUUCUGGCAGCAAGUGGGGUUUCUCAAUCAGGCUUCCUUGCACCUGACGCUAGUAAGGCAAUGGUUGCUGUUGCUUCUGUUUUUGCAAUUCUUGACAGGAAAUCAAAAAUAGACUCAAGUGAUGAGUCCGGAACAACAAUAGAAAGUGUUAAAGGGGACAUUGAGUUCCGGCACAUCAGUUUUACUUAUCCUACAAGACCAGAUAUCAAAAUAUUAAAAGAUCUCAGCUUGGCUAUUCAUUCCGGCAAGACUGUUGCUCUGGUCGGGGAAAGUGGGAGUGGGAAAUCAACUGUAAUCUCAUUGUUGCAAAGAUUCUAUGACCCUGAUUCUGGUCAAAUUACAUUGGAUGGAAUUGAAAUCCAAAAUCUACAACUGAAGUGGUUCAGGCAACAGAUGGGAUUGGUGAGUCAGGAGCCUGUGUUAUUUAAUGAUACUAUCCGAGCAAACAUAGCAUAUGGCAAGGAAGGAAUUGCAGCAGAAGCAGAAAUUUUAGCUGCAGCAGAACUGGCAAAUGCCCAUAGCUUCAUUAGCAGCUUAAAACAGGGUUAUGAUACAAUGGUAGGUGAGAAAGGUAUCCAAUUAUCCGGUGGACAGAAGCAAAGAAUUGCAAUUGGAAGAGCAAUAGUGAAGGAUCCUAAAAUAUUACUUCUGGAUGAAGCAACAAGUGCUCUUGAUGUAGAAUCCGAAAGAGUGGUUCAAGAAGCAUUGGAUCGAGUUAUGGUCAACAGAACUACCAUAACAAUAGCUCAUAGAUUAUCAACAAUUAAAGGUGUUGAUUUAAUUGCUGUGGUUAAGAAUGGGAUGAUUGCUGAGAAAGGAAACCACGAAACUUUGAUAAAUAUGAAGAAUGGUAUUUAUGCUUCAUUGGUGGCCUUACACACAAAUGCUACGGCCUAA